UCCGGAAGUUUCCGCGCAUUGUUUACAUGUCCGUCUGGUCUUUGUUCGGACAAAAUGUCCAAAAAAACGGUCUAAAGGCGGUGCGAGCAGGAACCUGCGGGCGGUGAUCGACCAGCAGCUGAUGGUGGCCGCAGAGGAGAUCUUCUGGCUGCUGAAGGAGCGCGGACAGGCGGACGUGGAGGCCCUGAAGGAGCUGGUGAAGGAGCGACUGUCCACAGCCGUCCAAAGGAUCUUCACCGCCUUAGAGGAGGGCAGACCGGGGGAGAAGGAAAGCGGGGAGCCGGGGAGAGAGGGAAGGGAGCAAGAGGAGUCGGAGGAACGGGAAGAAACCGGGCGGAGAGGACUGAGAGCCGAGGGCACAGAGUUGUGUUUGUCCGUUGGCCUCCGAACAUCCAACGUUUCUGACCGACAGAAGGACCUACCCAGCUCGUCCUGCAUGCCAGAGGAUGUUUCUGACCUUGAACAUCAGCCCAUGUCUCCAGACGAUGCUUCCCGAGAAGAUGAGGAGGAUGAGGAUGAAGAAGUCGCGUCUCACUGUUGUAGAGUCUGUGGAAAAUCCUUUGACAGAAAAGGUUUCCUGAUGAAACAUGUGGAGAAACAUCUAAAGGACAACGACUGCCUGUGUGGCGUCUGUGGUGAACAUCUGGAUUCGGCUGAUAGUCUUAGGCUGCACCUUCAGAUUCACAGAGACGACAGCAGGACCUGCAACGUCUGCGGCAAGAAGUUUCCAUCCAUCCGAGCUCAGGAGACACACAUGAGGCUGCACACUGGGGAGAAGCCCUUCAGCUGCGACUUCUGUGGGAAAGGCUUCAACCAGAAGGGUAACAUGGUGACGCACAUGAGGAUCCACACGGCUGAGAAGCCGUUCAGAUGUGCCGUCUGCCACAAAGAAUUCAGCCAUGCCGGCUCUCUGGAACGACACAUGAAGGCCCACACUGGACACACGCCUUUCAGCUGCAAAAUCUGCAGCCAAAGUUUCACCAAAAACGCAGAACUGAGGAGACACAGCCGAGUCCACGAGUCCUCUGAGUCCACCAAGCAGCUAGUGACUGGCAGCAAGCGCAGGAAACCCAGUCUGACACCAAACCACUGCUGCAGGGUCUGUGGUAACGCCUUCCACAACAAAGGAAACUUUGUAAGACAUGCAGAGACUCACCUGAAUGAUCCCGAAGGCCAAUGUGGUGUCUGCGGUGAGAAGUGCGAGUCCUUAGAGAGCCUGCAGAUCCACAUUCAGACUCACAGAGAAACCAGCAGGAUCUGCGACAUCUGCGGGGAGAACUUUAGGGAUAUGGAGCUGCACAUGAGGACGCACAGUGGUCAGAAACCAUUCAGCUGCAAAGACUGUGGCAAGGACUUCCCUCGCAAAGGCACUCUAGAGCGCCAUAUGAGGCUGCAUGCUGGAGAGAGACCAUUCAUCUGUGAAUUCUGCGGAAAAACAUUUGCUGAAAAUACCGUCCUGAAGAGACACAUCAAGAGCCACACGGGGGGAAAGCCAAGGAUUUACUCCUGUGAAGUGUGUGGGAAAAAGUUCUCCAUGAGCCAACAUCUGGACGUACACAAGAGGAUCCACACCGGAGAGAAACCAUAUACCUGCAGGGUCUGUGGGAAGGACUUCCGGCAGAUUGGAAACCUGGACUCCCACAUGAGGAUACACACAGGUGAAAAGCCGUACAUCUGCAGCCUCUGUGGGAAGAGGUUUCGCCAGAAGAUCUCACUGGAGACACACGAGAGGUUCCACAAGAAGGAGAAGGCCUUCAGCUGUCAGCUCUGCAGCAAAGGCUUUGUCCAGAAGAUUGACCUGAAGAGACACAUGCUGACACACACCGGAGAGAAGCCCUACAGCUGCUCCAUCUGUGGUAAGAGAUACCAGGAGAAACGCUCAGUGGACUCACACAUGAAGAUCCACAGCGGAGAGCGAGGCGCAAAAGAGGCAGCAAACAUGGUCCGACAGGAGGCAAUUCACACGGACUUCAUCCAACUUUCUCAACUCCUUUCACAGUUCAUCAUCUUCUCUACACAAAACGCGGAAAUCCUUCGCUUAGGCUUGCAUCGUGCAUUCUGCAAAGGUAAGACAAUCUGUAGAUGCAAUUUAAACUGCAGAAAUGAUGGACAUUAUCAUUGUCUGAUCUGCGACAAAACAAUCAUCAAGAAAAAGGAAAUGGAAAGACACCUGAAAAUAUGCCAAGGUACGGAAAAAAUAAAAUCCAUCUCAAUGGCUACGCAGGUUGAACAGAACCUAUUCCGAGAGUGUCUGCAGACUCCUCUCCAUCGACACGGAACUCGGUGUGUGUUUACUUCCAACUGUCUGUCAGUCGGUGUCAUUUCACUGGAGGCCCAAAGUGCGCAGGAAAAGAGGACUAUGUGCGCAGUGCAGCUGCUGAGGGUGUCGGUCCAUGAGCGGAUCAGCGCCGCCACUGAAGACUUUCUGCUGCUGCUGCAGAAAGAUGAAGAAACAACACAGAUCCCGGCGCUGAGAGCGCUGCUGACCGAGCGGUUAACGGCGGCUGCCGAGGAGAUAAUAGCACUGUUUGUGGAAACUGUGGCGGACUAUGAAGGCAGAGUGGAGCGGUCAGAGCAGGAGAUCUGCCGCCAGAGGAGGCUGCUGGAGGCCGUGCUGAUGCCCCAAAUCCAGCUGCACAGAGCAGGGUGUCCAGCAGACGUCCAUGAGCUGUCUGCGAUUAAAGAAGGGGUUCCCCAGUGGAGCCCCAGUUUGAACCAGAGUCAGGUUGACCCAGGGCCCCCCGACAUUAAAGAGGAACAGGAGGAACUGUGGACCAAUCAGGAAGUUGAUGUCACUAGGUGCUCAUCCACUCUUGUUGCUGUAAAGAGUGAAAAUGAUGAAGACACAACAGCUCAGUCCUCACAGCUUCAUCACACCCAAACUGAGGAGAGUGGACAGGAAACAGCUGGAGAGGACUUUGAAGGAUCAGAACCGGCCAGCAGAUUGGAUCCACAUAGACAUUUACAGUCUGUUAGUGAUGAUAAUUCUUCAGAUUCAAGUGAAACUGAGGACAGUGAUAGUGAUUGGACAGAAACACACAGAAGUCAGUCAGGUUCAGAAAAUGUAAACACAAUUAAACUUGUAAAGACUGAUAAUGGGUUGUCGACAAAGGAGCGGCCUUUUCCUUGCUCACAUUGUGGUAAAAGAUUCAGCCUGAAGGGAAACCUGAACAGACACAUUAGACACCACACAGGAGAGAGGCCGUUCAGGUGCUCUGACUGUGACAAAUCCUUCAAAGACAGUGGAUCAUUAACGUCGCACAUGAGGUGUCACACCGGAGAACAGCCCUACAAAUGCUUGGUCUGUGGGAAGAGUUUCAGUGGGAGGGGAAACAUGAAUCGGCACAUGAGGAUCCACACAGGUGAAAGGCCUUUUACCUGCUCAGUUUGCACUAAAAGCUUCAAUGUCAAAGAACACCUAAACAGACACAUGAAGUACCACACAGGGGAAAAGCCGUUCACAUGCUCUGUGUGUGGGAAAGGCUGUACUCAGAAAACAGACCUGAAGAAACACAUGAGGGUUCACACAGGAGAGAAACCCUUUAGCUGUUCAUACUGUGGGAAGUGCUGUGCUGAAAAGAGUGAUCUGACCAAACACAUGAGGGUUCACACAGGAGAGAAACCUUUUAUUUGUAACAUCUGUGGGAAGAGCUGUGCUCAGAAAGGAAGCUUAAAGAUCCACAUGAGAGUUCAUACUGGAGAGAAACCAUUCGGUUGCUCUGUUUGUGGAAAGAGUUUCACUGUGAAUGGACAUCUGAAGAGACACAUGAAGCUGCACACAACUGACUAGAGCCCAUUUCAGACCAAAGACAAUCACUUACAGCUUUCACACAGGCGGGGUUUUUUGCCAGUUCUGAUUCCAGAACCUAAUACUGACCUGGGCGGCACAUUCACUCCUGGGAAAAAAAAAAAAAAAAAAAGGUUUCGGAAUCUGAAAAGUUGAUUCUUAACUUGAAACAUUAAAAGUUGAUUCUUCCUCA